ACUUAAAAAAAAACAUCUUGCUGAUGGAUUUGUUUAUUAUAAACAUGCAGCUUUUUGCUUCAUGAGAUGUUAACUGAUAGACUGGAGUCGUACUUGUGGAUUAUUGUGAUGUUUUUAUCAGCUGUUCUGACUCUCAUUAUGACGGCACCCAUUCACUGCAGAGGAUAUAUACAUAUCAAAUGUGUCUAUAUGUCAAAUGUCUUUCUUUUUGACAUGCACCCCAUUAAGUUAUGGUCACUUUGCCUUUUUGUGUCACUGACUUCCUCUCUAGGCUGUGCUCACUUCCUCCUUCAGUCCCCUGUGUCACUGUAUUUAGGGACAGCUUUAUUCAUACCACUAUUGACAAUUUCCUGGACGCUCUAUUGUAUCAUGCCCGUUAUUGGAAGCUGAAGGGAGAACAACAAUGCAGAACAUCAAGUGUGUCGUGGUUGGAGACGGUGCGGUUGGGAAGACCUGCCUCCUGAUUUCCUUCACCACCAACGCCUUUCCUAAAGAAUACAUUCCCACUGUGUUUGACAACUACAGUGCACAGCUGGCUGUAGGCACUAAAGUCAUCAGUCUGAAUCUGUGGGACACCGCGGGACAGGAGGAGUACGACCGUCUACGGACCCUCUCCUACCCCCAGACCAACGUCUUCAUCAUCUGCUUCUGCAUUGCCAGCCCCUCGUCCUACGAGAACGUCAAGCUAAAGUGGUACCCCGAGGUGUCAGAACACUGCCCUAAUGUGCCCAUCCUGCUGGUGGGGACUAAAAAGGAUCUGAGAGAUGAUGCAGAGGUGCUGGAGAAGCUUAAGGAGAAGAACCAGUUGGUGGUGUCCCAGCAGCAGGGGACGGCGCUGGCCCGACAAAUCCAGGCCAGCAAGUACAUGGAGUGUUCAGCGCUCAACCAGGACGGGGUGAAGGAAGUGUUUACAGAAGCUGUUCUCGCUUUCCUGAACCCCAAAUCAAAAGCCCGCAAGAAAUCAUGCGUGCUACUUUAAAUCGGAUGGGACCUGAACAUAUGUAUUUUUAUGGGGUAUUUGUUUUACCACAUGUACAUAUGAACAAAAAUCACACUUAAUAAAAAGUACAAAUGUCUUUACGUUAUACAACAAAAUAUCAUACCAAGUGGUAUUUAUUUCAAGGAGAAAUAAAAGAAUAAAUGAUAUUAGGUUUCAAAUAAUAAAACAAUAGAAAUAUACUGUAAAUGCUCAAAAUAAUUGAUUGAUUUGGUUGGGCAAACUUAAACAAAUUAGAUCAAACAAACAACCUUUUAAGUGUAAAGAACUUUCUCUUUUGUGAGCGCACAAAACGGACACAUUUUAAGUCAUCUGAAUUUUUUCACUGUUCUGAAUUGAAUGAACUCGUUUCUUUUCAUUUAGAGGAACUUGAAUUUAACUGAAACUGGGCUGGGGAUUUCUAUUUCCCAGCACGCUUUGCCAUGGCACUCAAAGGAAGAGUACAAGCUAAAAUUAAGUGUUAGAUUUUGGAAUGGGAGAUUUAGUAGUGUUUAAUGUUUUGUUCUGCUAAUUUAGAAGAGUUUCUGUUUAUGAUAUGUUGAGCAUAAGAAGGUAUUCUGUAUGUUAAAUGUUCUGUAUUGCAUUACUUAUUAAGCUAUUGCUAUGCUAAUCAAAGUCUUGUGUUACUUAGCAUGUUAGCAUUUAGCUAGUUAUCGUUUAAAUUUCCACUACUAAUAUAUUUAAAUUGAGAUUACAUGAUCAUUUUAGUUGAAGUGUAAUCAAAAUGUAUGAGUUACAGUACACUGGAAAAAAAUAAGAAGUUAAAUUUACUUCAUUUUUAUUUUGCAAGUUUUUGCACGAAUAUUUUUUAAGUAAAAUUUAAAUACGGAAUUAAGUAAAAUCUACUUAACUAAGUUAUCUAAAAUAAAGUAAGAAAAUAAGUACAUUCAACGUGGCCAGGUAGAGUUUGAUGCGUAAUUCCAAGUAAUUCCAAGUAAAAUAUACUUAAGUUCAAACUUUAAAUUCUACAAGCUUAAAUUGAGUACUAAUAUUGAAUUUACUCUUUUAUUUAAAUUCUUGCCUGAACUAAAUUAUUUAAUGUAGAAACUACAUUUGUUUUUCUGUAGUAUUUACUUCACCACAAAAUCAUUUUUAUCAGUAUAGUGUACUCAAUUAUUUCAAGAUAAGAACAAUUAAUAUAUAUAUAUAAAUAACAAUCUGAGAGCUCUUCUUAAACUUUAAAUGUCUUAAAUUAAAAAUGUUGAUGUAAUUAUAUCACAUUUUUUGAGUUCCGUUAACUUAUUUGGGUUUAAAGUGUAUGCAAAAUAAAGACAAAAAGUACAGUAUUUUGGGUGUCAAACCUUUUGGAACAUGUUUAUAAUUGAUGUGAUCAACACUGUAAAAAAAUAUUUUCAAAGUUGUAACCAAAAGAAAUAUUGUUGGAGUAUAUUUUACGAUAAAAUAGAGUUUUUUUUACUUGAAAAUUUCUACUUGAAAAAGUUACUUGCAGGUUCUUUGUAAUAAUUUGUGAAAUUUCUACACUAAAUUUCUGGUUCUAGUAAUUUUGUUUUCAUUAUUAAAUAUAUAUACUGUAUACAUUCAAAAUUUGAAAUUUUGAAAGAAAGAAAGAAAAAACAAAAUCAUAUAUUUUGUAUAUGGUAAUAACUGUAGAAUGAACAAAUUUAAAGACAAGAAAACAAAUGCUAUUUUAAAGAUAAAAAUAAAGAUAAAUAUAAGUUACAAAAAUCUUACAUGCUUUAAGUUUCAAAUCACUUGAAGGGUCUAAUUUUUGAAUGUUCCCCACUUCUUCUUACUUAAUAAGUGUAUUUAAUUGUGUUUUUCUUAUAUGUAAAUAUAACCAAGAAAUGUAAGUAAAGCUAUAUCACUGAUCCAAACUAUAUUAAGCAGAUUGUGUCAGUAGAAAGUUUAAUUUACGAUUAUCUAAAUAUUCUGCAAAUAUGAAGCAUAAGGAGAAUGUGACUUUGUGUGCAAAGCAAGCUUGGUUUCAUUAUAAUGUUCAUUUUCAUAUUUAAUCGUGAGACUUACUUGGAACCUCAUUUCAGCAUUUAGAAUUUAAUAUCAUUUACUGUUAAACCCACUUGUGUGUGAAUAAGUUCACACAAACCACUGUCACAGUAUAAAAGCUUUUCUAUAAAAUGCUGACUUUGUACUUUCCUGGACACAUUAAUAAAAAGGAGGAACAGUUUAUGCAAAUCUGUGCUUUACACACUUACCUCACGAUUACAAAACAUGAAACUCAUUAGUUUCAGGUUCAUUUUUUUUUGGGAGAUGAGUUUGUGGCUGCUUAUGAAGCAGUUUUCAUUUACUUUCUUUUGUGUAGAUUUUCAAGUCUCUUGUUAGUGAGAGCAGAAGAAACGAGAAACAUUCACUUCCCUCUAAAUCCUCAGCUAUUUCUGGCACAGUUUGCAGCAGUCUUGCU